AAUGAAGAAGACUUGUGCUAAAGCUAGUUAUUAGCUCUUCUUCUUUCAAUGGGAAAUCGGUUAGCUCCCUGGAGUCCACCAGUCGGGUCAUCGCUCGUAGUUGUGAAACACUUGAGGAUGCCUGACACGUUGUGACCUUGUCGUGUGACUUUGACAUGUUUCUAUGACACCCAUUGUAACCGGCGAUCUGCUGCUGCACAAAAGCGGGUUUCACAUCUUCAUUUUGUGAAGAAAUGACGACUGUCAAACAAGAGGGUAAAGACAAAAUUAUCUUUGUCACCAAAGAGGAUCAUGCAACACCCAGCAACGCCGAGCUUGUUGAGGAAGACCCCGAUGAUCCCUAUGAGGAGCGAGGCUUGAUUCUUCCCAAUGGGGAGAUUAACUGGAACUGCCCCUGCCUGGGCGGGAUGGCCAGUGGUCCCUGUGGGACUGAAUUUAAGGAGGCCUUCUCCUGUUUCCACUACAGUAAAGAGGAGGUGAAAGGCUCAGAGUGUCUGGAUCAGUUCCGAGCAAUGCAAGAGUGCAUGCAACUCUAUCCAGAACUCUAUCCGCAAGAAGAAGACAAGGUAUCGGAAGAAAAUGCGCCUCACACAGAGCAGACCUCGGAAGAAGCCACAGCUGUUGAUUCCAAGUCCACAUCGGACCCUGUGCAGGACUCAAAUGGCACAUAAGCCAGUGUGCUGGAUAGCUAAUAAAUGCCUUCUGUUUUGGGAAGACUUUAGGUGAACCUUGAUGUACAUGUACUAGUUAUUCAGUCACAUUGUUGGUUUUGUGUACAAGCGUUUGAUUCUAAGAUACUAAACUGAGCACGCAAACUCUUGAUCACAGAACAAAUGUCCAUUCUUUGUAGCAUAUUAUUCUCACUGCUGUGUCAUUUGCAUUUUAUGUGUUAAUGUAUGUUACACGCAUUUGUCUGUGCUGUGCUGCAUAGAGUGGACUGAUGAAGGCACUUAAGAAUUGAGCGCAAGGGUGUUGUUACCUGAGGGGCCAAGUCUUCUGCGAAGCAGAUGCAAAAUAUUUACCUCAACUCUUCUGAUGGCAUGCAAAUCACUCAAAUAUUAUUAAAAUAAAUGCCGAUUAACAU